ACACACACUCACACAGCCGCCGGUCACUAAAGCAGCACAGUGCUGCCGGAUACAACACACAACACACUGGAGUUAGGGAGGUCGCCCGAACUUCUCCGGAGACGAAAGUUUCCCUUGGCCCCUCCUCUGGUGUAGUUCUGGAGCGAGACUGCUCUUCAUACCAAAUCUCAUUCUUGAAAUUCCACUCUGCUGUCAACCUCGGGAAAUAUUUAAAAACAAUAUUAACCCAUCUCGGGCGCAGAAAAGCCCGCAACUUUUCAUAAAGUUGUUUUAAAAAAAAACCCAAAACAAUAUAUGUAAGUUUUUCUCUUUAAAAAAAAAAAAAAACUGGGAAUCCUUCCAGCCCCCAGCUCGCCGUCUCGGGAUUGUGUUUUUUUCCCAGCCCUCUGCCUGUUUAGUGAGUCCGAGCCACUUUGAGUUGCUCACACGCAGCUGCAAGCUUUUCCCAAAGUUUAUCCGGGGCUCCAGAAACUUUUUUUUGUUGGUCGUCGCUCGCUGCUGUUGUUUCCAAGUCCCGAGAUUUUUUUUUGUUGUUUUCGUUUCCUGCGAGCGAGAGACAGAGGGGGAAAAAAAAUCUCUCAAAGAGAAAACACCUCUAUCGGCUUGGAGGUCAUUUGGAUAGCUAUCGGAAGUUUUCCCACCCGUUUCUUGUGGAGGUUUCACCCAGGGGGUUUCUCGCCAGUGACCGACGGCUCUCCCCGGAGCCCCGCCAGCCGCCACCAUUGCGUCCAACGACUGGAAUGGGAGCGGAGGGAGCCCCAGCGACGGCCGGGAGGAAGGGGCGGAGGCGCUGGAGAAAUCGCUGGACAACGACGCGGAGGGAGUGUGGAGCCCCGACAUUGAGCAGAGCUUCCAGGAGGCCCUGGCCAUCUACCCGCCCUGUGGUCGACGGAAGAUCAUCCUGUCUGACGAGGGCAAGAUGUACGGCCGCAACGAGUUGAUAGCAAGAUACAUCAAGCUUCGGACUGGCAAAACACGCACAAGGAAGCAGGUGUCUAGUCACAUACAGGUGUUAGCCAGGAAGAAAGUACGAGAGUACCAAGCAAGUAUCAAGGUGUCUAGUCAUAUGCAGGUUCUUGCCAGAAGGAAAGCCCGUGAGAUUCAGUCCAAGCUAAAGGCAAUGAAUGUGGAUCAAGCUUCAAAAGAUAAGGCCCUCCAGAACAUGGCCGCCAUGUCUUCCGCACAAAUAGUCUCGGCGACUGCCAUGCAGAGCAAAUUGGGGAUAACACCAAUCCCACAGGCUUCCUAUCCAGGAACAGCCAGGUUUUGGCCUGGUCCGCUUCCUGGUCAGCCUGGGUCCUCUCAAGACAACAUCCCAGAGCUGGCAGGGUGUGGAUGGAGGCCCAGAGACCCAUGGAGCAGCACACCCACUGAGGGCCGCAGUGUGAAGCCCUUCGCCCAGCCAUCGUAUUCGAUCCAGCCUCCAGUACCACCACCCAUCACAAGCUACGAACCCUUGGGCCCUCUCACACCUCCUGCCACUAUCCCAGUGUGGCAGGACCGAACCAUUGCCUCCUCCAAACUCAGGCUGCUGGAGUACUCUGCCUUUGUGGAAGUGCAGAGAGACCCAGAGACGUAUAACAAACACCUCUUCGUACACAUUGGGCAGACAAACCCAUCCUACAACGACCCGCUCCUGGAGGCUGUGGACAUCCGUCAGAUCUACGACAAAUUCCCAGAGAAAAAGGGAGGGCUAAAGGAAUUGUUCGAGAAAGGACCACAGAACGCUUUCUUCUUAGUGAAGUUCUGGGCGGACCUGAACAGCAACAUCCAGGAUGGACCUGGGGCCUUUUAUGGCGUCAGCAGCCAAUACACCAGCUCUGAGAACGUGACCAUAACUUGCUCCACGAAGGUCUGCUCCUUUGGAAAACAAGUGGUAGAGAAGGUGGAGACAGAAUAUGCCCGACUAGAGAACGGAAGGUUUGUAUAUCGGAUCCAUCGCUCCCCAAUGUGUGAAUAUAUGAUCAACUUCAUCCACAAACUCAAGCAUUUACCAGAGAAGUACAUGAUGAAUAGUGUGCUAGAGAACUUCACCAUCUUGCAGGUUGUGACCAACCGGGACACCCAGGAGACCUUGCUGUGUAUAGCGUUUGUGUUUGAGGUGUCGACAAGCGAGCAUGGUGCACAGCACCACGUGUACCGGCUGGUGAAGGACUAGUGCGCCCGUGCCCAAACAUCCCCUACACAGAGGGUGCUGCCACCUGCCAAGUAUCUACACAUCCGGUGCCUGCUCAUUUUUACCAAACGCAAAACAAAAAAAAUCUAUUUUUCACGGAAACACAGAUAUUUUUACGUUGUUACGAAGAAAUGUAAAAAGACAAAAAAAUGAACUAUUGUGAAGUCAAAGAACAAUAUUCUGCACUACUUCUGUGAGGGUCAUAUAUAUGUGUGUGUUUUUAUUCACUCUCUCCAGAACCCGAGCUCAUUGAGAGGUGACGGUACAGUUUUUCUUCCUUUUUCAAACAAAAAAUAUUUACACUUCAGGGAUAGUAAGUAUUGGAUAAAGAUCACUUUCAGAAAGUGUGUGUUAAUGAGGGCUUGUAUGUAGGAAUGUUAUCUAUAAUAGUUUUUUGGGGGGGAGGGGGGGGGAAGGGGGAGAGAACAGAAGUAAAACACCUACGUUUUGUUUGUUUGCAAUCAUAAAAUGACUUUUCAACCCAAAAUCUGUGAGCAAUGGGAGGGUGUCGCACUUGACGGGGGGGGGUCGGUACGACCACCGUCUUUCGACUCCUCGGAGUGAUUUUUUUAAUUAUUUUUUUUGUGCGGUUUGGAGUCGAAGAUGUCUUUGGGCAGGACAAGUUGCAAGGUAUUUAUAGUUUUAUCGGAAGGGGCUCCCCUCAUAUCUCGCCUUAUUGGCAGAUUUGCUCGGUCAGGCAAGGUUGGGGCUUGUCUGUAAAAGCAGGUGCGUGGCAAAACGGGCGAGGGAUCGCCAGCCUGUACCCCUUGCUUCAUAACAACUCGGAAGUUGGAUUAGGGUGGAUAACUUGUUUGGUUACCCAUAAAUGUUUUUUGUAGGGUUGAAGUUAAGGUAUUGGGAGAGUUUUCUCCCACCUGGUUGUCCCUACCCCCCGAGGGUACUAACUCAUGUUUGGAUGCAGUUCCAUAGGUGUUGCUGCUCGCUGGCACCUCAUCUGAUGGGUUGCUUUCUGCCAGUGAGCCUAUAAUGUGAAUAUUGACAUGGUACUUUAUUGGUAAACAGGAUUAUCCCAAGCAGUUGGCUCGAAACUAAAAGGAACUUUUCCUGUUAACAUAUCAGUGUUUUUAAUUUGUCUUUUUAAAUCUGCCUUUUAAAGCAUCUGUAGUCUGUAGAAAGUCUGUAGAAAGUUUGGAAUCUCUCCUGGGGAAAAAUACUAUCUCUGCAGUCCAUAUCUAGUGGGUAGCAUACCAGAAAUAGGGGAUACAGUGUCUAAUUUUAAUCAGCUCUCCAAAGUGACUCUGAAUCUUUGUGCUCGUAGGAACAAAUAAUUUGAACUCAUUGAAGUAAAAUCAUAAGCCAAAGGAUUGUCUCUGUAUCGAAUGAAAAGGAAGAAGGGUGUUGGGGCUGAGGAGAAAGAAAAUCGCAGUCCAAAAAAUGAGCAACCAAGCUGGUUCUGAAAAUACUACACUUGAAACGGUCUCAUUUCAUUUUUGGCCAAUCUUGCCAAAGUCAUACAAUUCCCAUCUAAGGCAAACGGCGCCUAAAAAAAUGAGAGA